AUGUUUUUGCCUGUCGCCUCCGCUGGCCUGCCUCCGCGGCCGCGCUACGGCGACGCGCCUCCCUCAGGGGCCGCGGGGCGCGGCAAGGCCUUCGACAUCUUCGUGGGUUCCAAAAGCGCAGACACUUUUGGAGCCCAAGAGGCCGGUGCCUGGACGGAACCUUUGGCUCCAGGCCGUGGUGCCGCGUCGUUUCGCGUCGCCUCCGACGCCGCGGCAGUCACCGGAGUCCGGGAGGAGACAGACAGACUCUUUGAGCUUGUUCGGACCGUUGAGACUGGAAGGCCCUCGGCAUGUCGGCGGGCAGUGUGCGGACUCGCGGCGAAGUUUCGGCUGUACGAGGCGACAGGUCGUUCGUGUCGCUGCUCGACGCUCCCCGUUGGUGUCGGUCUUCGAGAACCAUUUCCUCCUCUUUCUGCGGUCUCUUUCCCUUUUUCGGAGAGCAGACGCAACCACGCAGGCACAGGAGAGAGGGAGACGGCGUGGGGCGACGCGUCCUUUUCUUCGUGUGAAGAAAACGACGGGGCUCUGGCGAACCGCCUUUUGCCCGUUCUGCGAGAGAGUGACGCGGAGCAAGCACGGGAAGGCGGCGACUUCUCAGAGGGGACGGGGAAGGAACAAACACACGGUGCGUCCAUCUGCAACUCCCCCGUCUGCUCCGCUUGGAGGCAGCUCCACGCGGCCUUGGCCGCGGCCCUCGUUCACCUCGUGCGGCGAAUUGCAACGAGAGUCGAAGAGGACGGAGCGAGACAAGCCGCCGAGGAACAAGACGACCGAGAGGCUCUGUGGCAAGGCCUGCAACUUGUCAAGUCUCUGUGCGAGACUGACCACCAGUACAUUGCCGCCUUUCACGCUCUCGGCAUGGUCCCCCAUCUCAACUGUCUCUUGGCGAGUCUCUCGCGCCGGACGGGAAACGGAGACACUUCUCCGCCCCAACCCUUUGUCUCCGGGCCCAGACUGCUCGGCCUCGCCCAGCCUUCUCUGGUCUCUGCGAUCAAUGAUGCGCUGCAAACUCUGCUGACUCUGUCUCCCGCUCCGUCCCCUCGGAGAGAGGACUUCUCCCACAACCUGCAAAUACACCUGUCUCCGUCUCAGCCCGGUGUCUCCUUGAACUCCGCAUCGGCUCCACCCGACAGACCAACUGUCUCCUCAUCUUCUCCCCCCUUCGCAUCCACUGCUUCCUUUUCACCGGCCCUCUCCGCUCGGCCGGAGAAAGACGCGUCGCCGUCUGCGCGGGUGUCUCGGCUUUCCGAGCAAUCCUCCAUGCAUUCCGGAGAGCCUCCGCGCGAUGCCUGCGCCUCCUCGCCUCUCUCGCUGUCUCCUUCGUUUCCUCGGCCUCCUGCGGCUGCGGUCGCGCUCGGCGCUUCUCGCGGUUUCGGCUCGCUGCCGACUGGAGACCCUCGCGAGGCGCGACGGCCGAGACGCCGUCUGUCUCCGGACAUCGCGGGUGGGGAGGCGGAAGCGAGCAGACAGGAAGAAAGGGGAGAGACACGCCAAACAGGAGAUCGGUAUCUUCUGUCUCCGGCCGCGUUGGACGCUCGGAACGUUGUCCCGGCCAUCGUCCACGACCCGCGAAUUCUGGCUUCGCCCCUCUUGCUUUCUCCGCAUGCUUCGCGCCCCGCGACUCCUCGAGAGAAGGCUCCAGAUCCACACAUCCCGGCCGCUCCUGCGGUGCCGCCUUCUCCGGCGUCCUCAUCGGCUUCCAACUCCUCCUCUUGGCUUACCACGCCCAUCGUUCUGAGCGCCGGAAAAUCGUCUGCCUUGUUGACGCCUCCGGCCUCGGGUUCCGCAGCCUCUGGCCACGACAACGAGAGAGGCGGCGCAGCACCGGCAGGAAGGCACGAGGCAAAAACACGCACCUCCGCCGCCCCACAGACGGCGCCGCUCUGGUGUACAGACACCCGAGAGGGCGCAGCCAGCCAGGAAGAUCGCGCGCCCCUCGGCGAUGGUCCACUGCCCACUUUUAUUCCUUCCGCUUCGCAACGUCUCGAGCGAAGAAGAGAUGAGCCGUUCCACACGUCUCCUCUGCGUCGGCCUCGCGGUUUGCCUGCAGCUUCUUGCACUGCGCCGUCUUCGGCUGAUGCUUCCAAAGAGCGGAGCUCGGAGACGACCGUCGCGGAAGGAGACAGGACGCGCGGGAGACAGGGACAGUCGGAGAUCACGAGCCGAGGGGGACUGCCGUCCUGGGAAGGGAGAGAAACGGAGACAGGAGGACAAGGAUCAGGGAAUGCGCGAGAUUGGGGGGGUGGGACGGCCGGUGUCUCUCCGGCUCCCUCUGAGGAAGAAUUUGCAUUGGCGCGGAUCAACCUUUCCGAUGUUCGUCUGCUUCGAAGUCUCUGCGACGCCUUCGUCGAUCGGACACUCCCCCCAGAAGACGCCAUCCGACUCGCCUCUUGCCUGCCUGUCGAUGUUCUCCCUGACCUCCACCCUGUCGCGCGUCUCUUCAUUUUUGAGUCGUUUUGUCUCCAGCACUCUCGCCCUUUCUCUUCCUCUUCUUCCGCUUCCUUCUCUCCUUUCUCUCCUUCACCUUCAGGUGCCGAGAGUCUGAGGGGGGUGGGCGAGGAGGGAAAGAUCGCCUCCUUCUGUCUCACGGAGGCCCUCUGCGUCGCCAUGAAGCAUGCACACGAGAGGCGCGCAGGGACCGGGGGCGGGCGGCCUCCGGUGUCUCCUUUCGGGGACUCGAUGGAGAGACACGCUGUGGGGUGGCCCCACGGAAGCCGCCGCAGGAGAGAACAAGACACCGAACUCAUCCUCGCUCUCGUUCGAGCGGCGAAUGCAACGCUAGAGAGUCUUAGAGAGGCCCUCAAUGUCUCUGUUUCCUCCCCCUCCUUCCCCUGCCGCUCGUAUGCUUCGCACUGUCUCUGUCGAUUCAACUUUCGCUUGCGAGAGCAGCUUCUCUCGCUUCUCUCCAGCACUUUCCAGCAUGCCUUGUGGGAGCCUUCGGCACUGACCGAGAUCCGCAGGCUCCUCGCGCUGUGUCUUCAAAUUUUUUCUCUCCGAACACAAGCUGGCCCCGCUAAGGAGGCGCAAGAAGACCCAGAUCUCUGCUCGUCUCCCUGCUCGCCCCCUUCGUCUGCAUGCAGUUUAUUUUUCUCCCUCGACGAGGCCGUGCUUCUCGGCAAGUACCUGUGUGCCGGCGCAGAGUUGUAUUUCCCUCGCGCGUCGCUCGCGUUCUCGUCUCCAGAGCGACGUGGAGACGACGCGAAACAGGAAGCCGGAAAGCGGCUGGAAGCUUCCGCCGAGACGGAAACCGCCACGACAGCCCCUCGGGUCGACACGCCUGGUGAAAAGCUGAGAAACGAGACAAAACGACUUCUUCAGUUCGCACCUCGUGUGCGAGAUCGAGGCGAGACAGAGGCGCACUUGGGGCGGGAGGCCCUAGAUCCCGACGACGCUUUCUUCGAAACAGUCACAGCCAGUCCCUUGACACCUGAGCAGGACGCUUUUCUGGAUCUCUUUGUCUUAACGCUUGGAUGCGUGCCGCCGCCGCUUCGCCGAGUCUGGCUGCAGACGACGCGCCUUCUGCCACUGCUCCUCUUCUUCCUCUUCAAGUCGAAUGUGCUCUUUUGUCGCCCCCUUCUCCUGCCUUGGCUUCUCGAGCCUCUCGUCUCGCUCGCUCCCGAGAGCGAAGAGAGAAAGAACGAAACGCACACGCAGCCCUGCGCGCACAAUCCCGCCUCCCGCCCUGCGGGCGCCGCUGGGGAGCUCCUGUCUCCUGUCUCCUCUGGCCGCCUCGGCGCGACCGUCUUCGCUGGGGCGCCGCGGGGCCCGAUGCCGUUUGACGACCUCUGUGUCGCACUGCCUGCCUCGCCUCCAGCGUCGGACGGCGCGGGGGGCUCUGCCUCAGCUCUCGCCUCGCUGCUGCUCUCACCAGAUUUCGUCUACGAGCUGUGUCUCUCGGGCCACGAGGAGGCUCGCCGCUUCCUCACCCUGCGUCUCCUCCCCUUUCUCCUUCACGCUGCGGCUCUUCCGGGACACGGCGAGACCGAGUCAGGCAACCUGUUUUCUCGCGAAGCCCGUUGCGCCCUCGACUUCAUCGACGUCUGGGAUCCGUCUCUCCUUCCUCCGCUCCUCGCUCGCAACGCCUCUUCCUCUGCCUCCUCCGGCGCUGCGUCGAGACUCGGAUCGCGCUCGGUUGUCCUGGCGUCGUGCUCGGUCUCGCAACUGCUUCGACGGCUGUUCUCGGUGGACCCGUCGGUCCGCACAGACGCUGCCCAGGCACUCCUCUUCACCACUCGCCGCCUGACGGAGUCGCCUUCUUCCACCUUCCUGUCGUCCUGCGCCUCCGCGGCUGUCUCCUCGUGGUGGGCGGCUGUCCACCUGGCUUGGGCGGCCUCGCGAACCGGCGAAGCAGCUCGUGGAGACCGUCGCGGAGGCGAGGUGGCCUCUGCGGAUGAGGGCGGCCGGCGAGGCUCUCGAGACGCAGCUGCGCGCCUUGACCCGCUAGGGAUUGCUGCGGCCGUGUGGCAUUCGCGAGGCCGGGAAGAAACGCAGAGUCUGCGUGUCAGAGACCUCGAGUGGCGACAAGACGAAGUCGACAUUUUGCGAGUCGCGCUCCUCAACCCCAAGCUCGACUGGAAGACAAAGGCCCAGUCUCUGCGAGCGCUGAGUGUGUACCUCGUCUCAUGUCCUGGAGACGCUGUCGGGUUCUUCUCCUCUGACUGCUUCGGCGGCGCGCCGAGUCGAGGAACCCCCGCGGAACGUGCCUCCCCUCCAGGCAGUGUCGGCGUCUCUGCAUGCACGGCGGGAACUCGGGAGACGCUACGGUACUUUUACUGCGGAAACGAGGAGCGGGAAUCCACCUGCGCACGCGCCGCGCCUUCGCUCCACCUUUUGCCGUCCCUUCUUUCGCUCCUCUUUUCCGUCUGCGUGGACGCGUUUCCGGCCGCCGAGGCCUCCGUGGAACCCGCCGCACCGGACCCCGUUGCCGUCGCCCUUUUGUCGGAGUUGCUGCGUUUCCUCGCGCUUCCUCUCCACCUGCUGCCGCUGACGGAGGGCGUUGCUGCGUCGGUGCAUGCGCUCUUGGAGCGCGAACUCGUCGCCUCCGGGAUCCUCGCCUACCUCGCGUUGCUGCCGCACUCCCCGGCUCUCUGCUGCCACGCGAUGCAGCUGACUGCGCUCCUUCUCUUCUCGCCAUUCCACACGUUCCUCGUCGCCUCGCGGCUCUGUCCGCUCGAGCCCGGACUGGCCAACUUGCUCCAGAAGAAGUCGCCGACCGUCUCCCCAGGCAUCUCCCCAGCCGGGGCGUCUGGAGAAGACAACUGCAUGCGGCUCCUGGUCCCGUGCUGGGCGACUGCCACGUACCUUUUCCCGUUGCCUCUCCAGCAGAUGCAAUUGCGGUCGGCGAGUCUCUGCUUCUGGGAGUCGCGACCUCGCGACCUCGCCUUCGCCCUUCUCGCGGACGUGUGGACGCACCUCGCCCCGUUCUGCUCUCUCGCGCCCUCUCCGCUGAAGCGCCAAAGGCGACAAAGCGGCGCAGGGGCCGCGGGCGCAGAUCGCGUGCGCGAGGAAAGCGGAGACGGCGAGAGCGAGGGGACCUGCGACGGGCUCUUUUUCACGGAGAUCUUGGCGUCGACGGCUUCCUUUCCCGCCGACCAAAGCGGAGACGAUCCGUUCCUUCCGGCGGUUAGAACCGAAGCGUGCCCGAGCCAUCUGCAGGCGCCUCCGUGGGCCUCCUGCGCCCUUCUCAAGUACCUGUGGAGGCUUCAGAACGUCGACUUAGCAGGUCCGGAGACGCUUGUCCUGUCUCGGCAGCCGCCCUUUCAGAGUCUCCGCCUGCCAGAGAUUGCCUCUUCGCUGGCGUCGCCUCCGCCCUCGGAGACGCCGAACCCGGAACUACGCGAGGCCGUGAUCGCCCGCUUUCCCUUCACUUCAAACUUCCCCUCCCUCGCUGCCGUCGCCUCGUCCGCCUCUUUCCCAGUCGUUGGCCUCGCGCGCUCGAACCUCCUCCUCACCCCGCGCGUGACACAACUCCUCCUCAACCCCCACACGCACUACUUUUCCCUUCUGCUGCUCCUCCUGCGCCGACCGCCGCCUCUACGAGCGGCGCUGGCUUCUUCGGGGCUUCGGGCCCCGACCCGCGAGCCCAACGAGCCGGUGCGGGCGACGGAAGGCCCAGACGAGGCCUGCAGCUCCGCGGGAGACACCGUCGCGUGCUUCGCGUUCUCCCACCCCUCAGACUUACCGUUCCUGGAAGCCGUGAAAGCCGCGGAGAUGCUUCUGCGCGCGAUCUCGGGAGGCGAGGCGUUCCGGGGAGACUGCGUGGAAGGCCCAGGAGACCUCGGAGACGCGAGGAAGGGGCGAGAAGAAGCGCAAGAUGGCGAGGACGUGUGGAGACUGCGAGAGGUCGCCUGGCAACGGUGCGGCCGGCUGAAUGUCGCCUUGGAGGAAUUGGAGACGCCGCAGUCGCUGCAAGCGGCCUUGUCGCAACUGGGCAAGGUGGCAACGCAGCACCUUCUGCCUUUCGUCGCGAAACUGGCUGCGCAGCUCGCCAGUGUCUUGGAAGACAGCGGCUGUGUCUCGCGUGACGCGUCCGAUCCGGAAAGGGUUUAUUCUGACUCUGAGAGCCGCGAGGAAGAGCCUGAGUCGAGUCGCGCUUCGUCGCCUUUCUCGCGAAACGGCAACGACGAACGGGAGGGCGGAGACAGGGGCCGUUUUUCUGGGGCUUCGUCUCGGGUGUCUCGGGAGCCGACGGCGACUGUGGGGAUGUUCGUGCGGGAACUCGACCUUCUCCUCGCGUGUCUCGAACUUCUUCUCCGCCUUCUUCCGUUUCUCACGCGCCGAAGGGCCGGGCGCCAGCCGGCGGCGCGCGCAUGCAGUUGCUGUCUCUGCUGCUGCUUCCACGCAGUCGACAUCCCCCGGCUCGUUGCCCACCUGCUGCGGAUCUCUGGCGACCUCUCGACGCUUCGCCGGCGCGCCCUGGACCUAGCUGAAGGCCUCUUCGCGCCUUUCGCCUCUCCAUUUCGAGGCGGGAGGAAGUCGAUGCAAGGAAUGCAUGCGGCGUGGAGCCCUCUCGGGUCAAGUUGGAGACAAGCCGCCACGGGCUGCGGGGGCCGUGGGCGUCGGUCGUCUCGCCUCGGGGGUGCAAAAAAUCCUUCCGGCCGAACAGCGGAAAGCGGAGACGCCGCCUGGUCGCCUGCCCACCUGUGGGUUCCCGCAUCCCAGCGGCUGCUCGAGAAGGAACUUCUUCUGUUCUUGGAGACCGCCCAGACCGCAGACUGCAUGCAGAGCCACGCCGAGGCGCCGCGCGCGCAUCCGGUGUCCCCGCCCGCUCUCGGCGGCGAUCCGGCUUUCCCCCGUGUCCCGCCACUUCAAGGGAAGAAGCCGGUCGCCCAAGCGCUGGGUCUCGCUGCGGCUCUGGUUCGCCCGUUGGCUCCAGCUGCAUGCAGCGGGGGCCCUGCCGCGACCACGCUAGCUGCGCGACGAAGCACACUUUCCGCCUGGCUGCAUGCGACGAGCUACUGGGUAGCGGACAGCUCCCCAGACGUCCGCGAAGCCGCCUGGUGUCUUCUCCUCGCUCUCGGCCCGCGGCCACCGCUCGCUCUGGCGACAGGCUCCACGUGCAUCCCCUUGCGACUUUCCACCGGCCAGGCGAGGAUCCCCCCCUCUCCCGAGGCUUCUGAACUCCCUGCGCUCCUCUGCGCCGCGCUCCCGCCUCGGGCGUGGGCGGGGUUGCUCUGGCGAAGUGCCGAAGCGGUCGCGAGACUCGUCAGCCAGGAGACAGGAGACUCCCUCGACGCGGAGGGCGCGGCGACAGAGGAGAUCCGUUCGGUGGAGCCCAACGCGUCCGAAAAGGCGUCGUCCGGACCCUUGCAGACCCCACGUGGCCGAGGCCGACCGCUGCCCGCGGGAUUCUGUUCGCGGUGCCCGGAGAGUCUCUCCGAGUCAGUGGCAGCCGCCUUCUUCCUCUCGAGCACCCUUGAGACUUUCCAGUCGCUCGCGCCUCUCAACGGGGGGAGCGGGAGACAUAACGACAGUCGUCAGCUGGACGAGGCGGCGUGGGAGUCCGCGUACUGGACGGCGGGCUGCCGCACAGACUCGUGGGGAAUCCGCAGGUCGACGCCAGCUAGCGCAUGCGUGGGGAAGCAGGUGUCUCAAGGAAUGAACGGUGGGAGCGUCCUCGGAAAAAGGGAGGAAACGGGUUGUGGGCCAAGCGGCGCCGCGAGAUUCUCUCCCGUCAUUUCAACCUGCCAGGACUCUCGGUCAAGCCAAAAUUGCGAAGCGGCCGCAGGCCAUCCGAGCGCAAAUUCCGCGACACAUGACGGCGAACGGGCCGAAAAGGAAAAGGAUUGCCGCGUUCUUGAGGAGUGUCUCGGAACACUCUGCGCCUGGCUCUCUGGCGACGAGUUUCUCUGCGACGUCCUCCCCCUGCUGCUGCCUCUCUCCGUUCCCGCCUCUGUCCCCCGUCGCCUGCCGCUUUCGCGUCGGCCUCCGUUGGCGGCUCAGCUCGCAGGCGUCCGUCUGCUUCGUCUGGUCCUGUCUGGGGCGCCUGCCUCGGUUCUCGCGCACCUUCUGCCGGGAGCGCGCGUCUCCUCCCGCGGCGGGCCUCGCCCUCCAGAAGCCCCAGGCCACGCAGCUGGUGCAGGCGACCGCUAUGGCGCCGAGGGCCCGGGGAAGCGGCAGUCAGUGGCGAGUCUCUGGGGACUGUGGGGCGGCCUCGUUGAGGCAGUCAACCCGGAGAAGGAAGGAUUCCGGGACGCCUCUUUCCUCGUGAAUGGGUUCGCCUCCAGGCACUCGCCCUCCCACGGAGACGCGCAGGAAACUGAGCGUGUUCCUCCAAAGGCCCUCGAACCCCUGGCAGCCCCCCAUGCGGGGCGGGACAGCCGUGGGCGGGUCUCGAGUCUCCAGGCGUUGCAGCCGUCGCGAGAAGCCCAGAAAAAUGAAGCAGAAAAACGUGAAACGAGGCGACCCAGGACUUCAUCAGAGGGCCGAAAACGGCCAAGGCGAGAACGCGAUUUCCGAGGCGGCGACUCUUCCCUCGCUCUCGUGGUCGGUCUCGAAGCGCUCGGAGUGAUUGUGCAAGCAGCGGAUCGCGACCGCGAAACCUUUUCUUGCAUCUGCGCGAAUUCGCCCUUGCUGGGCCACGUUCGCAAACUGAUCGAAGCGAUCCUGAGACACGGUGUCCACAGUUCCCCGGUCGAAGUGGAGACGCGCGGCGGCGGCUCGGGCCCUAGGCGGGGCAUGUGCUGCUGCGAGGCGGCGAGGCGAGUUGAGAGCGAGCGCGCGGCGUCGGCGACUUCUCGCACGCGGGGCCGUGCCUUUUCCCCCCAGGCCGGGAUGAAACAGAUCUGGGACACGCCUGCUUCGCUGGGUCCCCGAACACAAGGUGGCGAGUCGGAUGCAGAAACGGGAAUGGGCGGCACGCAAGUCUCCUUCCGCUCCUUGUGUUUCUGCGCGGCGACUGCGCGUCACAUCGCCACGGCCACGCCGAGUUUCUCGUACGUGGCGGCGGCGCUUCUGCUCGAGCUCGUUCGCCUUCUUCAUCCCGAGACGCUGCGGCGUCUUCCCCAGGCUGCCGCGGGAGUCCUCGAAUCCCGGCCUCUCAGCCCUGCGCCGGCGGCUCUCCGUUCGGGCCUCGCGGAUCGGCUCGCCUUCGAGCGGCGUCCCGCGUCCUCGCCGGGAGACGCCCCUGCCGCCCGAGCCAGAGACGUGGCCCGAAGGCAACUCUGGGCCGCCGACGGCCUCUGGCUGUUUCUUCUCUUCUGUGUCCAGGAUGGAUCCUCAGUGGAGUUGCCCUCGACGCCUCCGGUGUCUCCGUCGGUCUCCGCCGCGCUUUCCGGCGCGUCGAGCGCCUCGCCGGGACUUGGCCGCGUGCUGUCUCCGGGGGCCUUGGCGUCUGUUGUCGCUUUGACCACUUCCCUUCUCUUUCUCUCUCGCGACUCGCCCAACUCGGCGGGACUUCUGGCCGACUCGGCCGCUGCGCAGCCCUCCUCGCGAACCUGCCAGGCUCUCUUCUAUCGCCUGUCUGUUCUGCUCGUUCGUCAUCUCUCGACGCAUUCGCUGGCGGAGCUCUGUGCACGCGCGCUUCUUCCUUCGUUUUCGUCUGGGACGUCUUCUAGGACAGCUGGACGUCCCGAGAGCUCAAACGAGUCAGGGACGUCGCCGAGUGCCGCGACCAAAGCGGCGACCGUGCUGCGCCGGAGCUCGUUUUCGGCGGCUGGGCGGCCUUCCGUGGUGCCAGGGAAAUCGGCCGGAGAGCCGAGAAAGCGUAGGGACAUGUCUCACUUCCAGAACUCGCGUGCGCGCCGAGCCCAUUCAAGCGUCGCCUUUGCCCAGCCUCCCCGCUCGCCCCUCCCUGCCUGCGCGUCGCCUGCACGGUCGGAGGCUCGCCAGGGCUCAGUCGGAAGGCCGACGGGGCGUGAGGGGACCAGGCUAGAGCUGCCUCAGUCGCCCACACGGCUCUGUGGGAGAGAGGCUAUCGAUGAGACGCACGCCGAUGGAGAGCGCGACAGGCGAACAGGCCUUUCCUUUGAAUGCGAAGACGAAACACAGAGACUGGAAGACCUCCUCUUUGAAGCGACUUCGCUCUUCUUCUUCUUCUCUCCCCCGAUCGCCUUUGCGGUCUCCUGGUUCCUCCCGCUCCCGACCUUCGACGUAGGUCCGGUGAGCAGAUCACGCGGCUCAGCGGCCUCUCUCUCGCGCUUCUUUGUGUCUGCCGCACCUGUGCGGAGCGCCGAGACCGCCGAGGCGAUUUAUCCUCGCGAGGAGAACAGACAACUCCUGCCGUUGCAGCUUCUGGCCGAGCUCGACGCUCUCUCGCACGGCUCGACGGCGCGGGCCGUCGUCAACUACGCAGCGUCGGAGCGUAUUCUCGCGCGACAGAGAACUGGGAAGGGCGUUUUUACGGAUCGCGGAGAUCCAUCCUCCCUUGUCUCUUCUCUCUCGGGUUUCUCGCCUUUCUCUUUUUUACCUGGGCGAACGGCACUCGGCGAUGCCCUGGCGGUCCCGGCUAGGGGCGGCUGCGACCCGGGGCGCGAGGAGACAGUCCCCUCGAAGACCCAGCGGAGACACCUGACGAGCACGGCGAGUUGUGGGGAGCUGGUGGAGCGCAGACUCACGAGUCUGCUUCGCCUGCUCGCCCUCAUGUGCACGACUGCGGGGCGGAAAAAGAAAGAAAACGGUCUGAGAGAGGCACUGCGCGAGCGCGACGGGGCGCCGUUCGGUGUCGCCGUUGCGGCCAUCAAAACCGUAUGGCGUCUCGCUGCCGCUCAAGACCAUCUCCGCCGUGUGCAGUGUCUCUCAGUCGGCCAGGCGCCGUCUCCGGCCGUCGCCUCGCCUCUCUUUCUCCCUCGGCUGCCGACCCUCGGCCUGUCGCUCGCCGGCGCUUCGUCGGGUGUCUCGCCUGCCUGCCUCCUCCGUUGGCGUGUCCAUGAGUCUGGGCUUCUCGACGCGUUGAUCGGCGCCUCCCUCGACGCACUGGAGAGGCGGGAAACGCUCUUUCUCCCGUGUCCCUCUUCCGCCCACGUCUCCGGAGACAAGGCCGGGGCGCGGUCGCCCCGCGCAGGCGCUCCGCUCGCCCCGCACACGCUCUCUGCGCUUCUCUUUGUUGUCGCGGAAUGUAUUCCUGCGAAGAGCGAGAAGCGCACAGAAGUUCUCAGCUUUGCUGCGCAGCUGGCGAGUCACGUGAAAGCGUUGCUUUCGGCUUUUGACCACCACCACCGCGAAGCCGUCGCCCCCCCAAAAUUUUCUUCGCCCUGUGCGUCAUCGUCUUGGACGCAUCCGGCUUCUUCCCCUUCUGCCGCCGCUUCAGAUGCUGCUAUGGGCGUGCGGACGAGAGCGCCCCGAAAGGCAGUCCCCUUCGCCUCUGCUGGCCCCGCCUCUGGCGGUGUCUCUUCGCCUCGGCCGCCGCCCCACACGCAGCCCAGCUCGGGCUUCGCGACCCGCCUUGUGGGGUGUCUCCGCUGUCUCCGCGCGAUCUGCGCGACGAGCGGCAUUGCGGACGAUCGGCGAAGUCUCGCGUGUCUCUUUGCAGUGUCUCCGCUUCUUGCCCCGUGCAGCGACCGCGCCGAGCUGUUCGCCGAGAGUCCGCGUGAGUCGCAAGCGCGCGGGGCGCCUCCCGGAGUUCCAGCUCGGGGCGUGCAGUCCCCGCGUCUGGAGUUUGUCACGAAGGGUCAGUACGCGAGGCAAGCGGAGAUUCGCGAAACCAUCGAUCUGUUUGCCAGCGCGCUCCUCGUCCCGAGUCUCCCCUUCCUUUCGCUGGCGGCGCUCCUCGCUUUCCUCGCCGCCUGCGUGGGCGGAGGCGCCUUUUCCGCUUCCUUCAAUUCGCCUCUCUGCAAAGCUGCGCGUCUCCUCCUGCUCUCCUCUGGCGCCUUCCUCUCCGUGCCCGCGUUUCUCCUCGCCCAUCGCUUUCCCCCCAAACUGUUGGAACAAGAAAGAGAGCGAGAACAAGAAGGCAAACAAGGAGAACAAGGAGGAGAACAGGGAGGCGAACAAGGGGGCGAACAAGGAGGAGCAGAGAAGGGGAGACACGAGGGGAAGGGCGCAUAUUGGCGUAACCCCCUGGAACAAGGUGUGAAGAACCGGAGAAGAGAAGCGAACGAGACUGACGAUUCGCAUACGUGGAGACUUGGUUUCCGCGCUCUCUUGGAACUGCUGCUGGCCACGUUCUGUUUCGACCGGCGGAUUGCUGGCGGCGCGCAGAAGAUUCAGAAGCCGUCGAUCUGCGCGAGUCUUCGCGUGUGGCACGCGCGGCUCUCCGACACAGUUUGCUCGCCGCCCGCUUCGCCUCCGAAAUCGAAAUCUUCCGCAUUUCACGCAGGGCGCGACGCUUCCCCCUGGGGAGGCGAAAACGCAGGGGAGUGCGCAGAAAACGUGAAAAGAGACAGGGAAGGCGAGGCCUCGGUCGACGGCAGAGCCCAGCCCUGCGACCGCGUCGCAGGCUCCGGCGAAGAUGUGUUGACCGACACGGCUCUCUUGGACCUCGUUUGGACUGUGCUGCAAAACAUCUGA